GACAAAGUGGUGCUGGUGCCGCUGCGACCGUUGCACUGCUCCUCAACCGCCCACGAUUUGAAAACAACAAACCACAACAGAGCCCAUCCAACCAGCCAAAGCAACUCACAAAGCCCAACACAGCUUGCUUGCUGCAUCCCCGGCAUCGUGGGUGCGUUGCUAGCUGCCUGUGUGUGUGUGUGUGUAUGAACAAGGAGACGGGAAGGGGACGACGAGCUUGCUUUGUUUUGCUUUACUUUGCUUGAGCGGAAGAAAGGGUCAGCCAUGAGCUACCGCACGCCACGGCCUCGUGGCUAUGGUCGCUCGCCUUCGCCUUCAACACGCACGCUCAAGAGCCAAGAAGAGACGAUCGAUGCCUUGAGCAAGGAGAACUUUGACUUGAAGAUGCGGCUGCAGGAGCUGCAAGACCGCUUCCUCGGCGGCAACAGUGCUCGAGGACGCGAUGGCGGCUCAGGCGUGUCACGCCAGCAGGCCGAUGCGCUGCGUGAGCACGUGGCAAACAUGGAACGCGAAAUCCAAGAGAAAGAUCGCCUUCUUCGAGAGGGUGGCGAACUCAUGGCCCUCAACGAACGCAAGCGACAACAGCUGCAAGCGCGCGUCUCUGAGCUGGAAGAUGAACUUCGACGGGCAGACCGCAGCCGCAACGACGUCGAAUCACGCAUGCGCCGGUCACAAACGCUGUCGUCACAGGACCGCGCCGCGCUUGAAAUGCGCGUGCAGGAGUUGGAGAAGGACGUGCAAUGGUACAGGGGCAAGUUGGAGGAAGCCAACUUGCAUGCCUCGAAACGGUCCAAUGCAGAACACACGGGCCUGCGCACCGAACUCGAAGACACGCGCGCAAGGUUGCAGGAGACAGAGCGCCAGCUGUUUGCUGCGCGGCGGACGGACGAGGAGCGAAAACAGCUGCGUGAGCGGGUGCAAGAGCUCGAGUCACGACUGGACGCAGCCAAUGCACAACUGCAGCGCAGCGGAAAAGCGGCGUCGGCGUCAACCCGGCAGAUUGAGCAGGAGGUGGAGGAGCAGGUGAGGACCAAGACAGCAGACCUGAAGACCAGGCUCCAGGACAGGGAAGACGAAGUGCAGCGGCUGAGGAGUGCGCUGCGCAGCGGUAAUGCGGAGGCCGUUGCCGGCAUCUCGCUCGAGGCGGAGCGGCGCGAGCUUGACCUGGAGCGGGCCCGACUGCGACGGCUGCAGGAGGAGAUUGAGGAGGAGCGGCGCCGUCUCGCUGAACGGCGGCACGCGCUCCCGUCAACCCACCACGCAGAGAGCAUCACUGGUGACCUCCACGCACGUGCAGACUCAACAGAUUCAUUGCGGCGUGCGCUUGGUGAAGAGAAGCGUUCUGUUGAGCAGUUGAAGGCGGAUCUUGAGCUUGAUCGUAAGAAGCUCGCUGAACAGAUUGCCGCUGCAGUCAAACGCGAGACGCAAGCUGAGCGGCUGCUGGCAGAGCACGGCCGCGGCAGAACCAGCGGCGACGACAGCACAAGCAGUAGCAGCAGCGAUAGCAGCAGCAGCAGCAGCGACGAUGAUGAGCGGAUUCGCGCACUUGAGGAGCAGCUGAGGCGAAGGCGAACAGAGCUGGAGGACGAAUACAGAACAAAGUUGCAGCAGCUGGAUACGGAUGCAAAGUCGCGUCUUCACGAGCAGCGGAGCAAGGACGACCGCUCAUCAAGGCUGGCGGUUGAGCUCCAGAAUCAACUGUUGGACGAAAAGGACAGGGUUGCGGAGUGCAAGCGAACGAUCUCAUCACUUGAAGAGCAGGUGGCGCAGCAGGCGGCCAAGCUCAAGGAUGCACAGGAUUCGCAAUCCGCAACCGCGGACACGCACGCCGUCCAGCAGCAAAGGAUUGCGCAAUUGGAGAAACAAAUUGAUGACUUGAAGGAAGGUCUGGCCACCAAGUCCAAGAUGCUGGAUAAGGCCGCAAACAAGGUGCGGUCGCAAGAGGCCGUGAACACCAACAGCGAGCACGUGCGCCGGGAGCAGGCGGAGACAAUUUCGCGCCUCAACAGCCUGCUUGACGCUGCAAACGAACAGAGCAGCGACUACAAGCGGCAGCUCGACAGGGCCCUCGCUCGCGAAGAGGACUUGCAGGCACAACUGGACGAGGUCCGGGAGAAGCUUGACGCUGCCGACGAAAACCACCGCAUCGUCUGUCUCGAACACCGCGCACAAAUCACAGAGGCCACCGCGCAAGCGGAAGAUGCGGAGGAGGAGGUGGGCAAAUUGCGGCGCCGGCUGGCAGCGGAGGAGGAGCGACGAGCAGAGGCCGAGGACGCAGCGAGCGAGCACCAGGCAGCAGCGCAGGCGUGCGCGCGCCGCGUGAACGAGCUGACAGAGGCCCUUGACCAGGCAAUGGGGGACGCAGAGCUGGCGCGACAGGCGGCGCAGCGCACGCAGGAGCUGGAGGGCCUCAACAAGACGCUCACCCGCACGCUGCGGGAGACGCAGGGGGAGGUGGAGGGCUGCCGGGCAACCAUUGCCACGCUGCAGGAGACGGUCGGGGACCUGGAGGCCAGGCUGCGGCAGGCGGAGGACGAUGCCGACGACGCACGGCGGCGGUUUCAACAGGCCGACCGCAACAGCGGGCUGCACAUUUCGCAGCUUGAGUCUGAGCUGGAGAGCCAGCGCAAGCGGUGCGAGAAGCUUGAGGAGGAGCUGGAAGACGCCGUGCAGCAGCGGGACGAGGCCAACGCAAGCGUGCACAGGCUGCGGGCAGAGCUGGACCCGCUGCGACACGAACUGCGCAGCAUGGACGAGACGGUCGCAGAGAUGCGGCAGACGGCGGCGGAGCGGGAGCACCAGCUGGAAGUGCUUGGGGAGCAGGUGGCGCGGCUUGAGGGCGACCUUGCCACGGCGAGGGAGGCCGUGCGGGGCCGUGAUGAGCUGCAGUCGCUGUACGAUCAGCGCGGACAGGAGCUGACGCGCAUCACGGAGCAGCACCGCCGCAUGGCAGAGGACUGCCAGCAGUACCAGGAUGAGCUUGGUGCGCUGCGUGCAGAGGCCGCGUCGUUGCAGUCUGGUCUUGAGCGCGAGCGGCAGCUGCGGUCGUCGCUUGAGGACCGCAUGGACAGGGAGCGUGCGGCAUCAGACCAGGAAAUCCAGCAGGCGCAGGCCGCGCUGCGGGAGGUACAGGAGCAGAUGGAGGGCGUUGAACGGGAGGUGGCGACGAUGCACAACGACAAGCAGCGCCUUCUUCGCGACAUUGACCAGCUCUCCACCGCCCUCGAGGAACAGACCGCUGCCCUCAAGCAGUCAGAGCGUGACCUGCUUGCUGCACGGCGGGAGACGGAGGAUGCACAGAACCGCAUUCACCAGGCAGAGCAACAGCUGCACCGAGCGGAAGGGAAUGCGCAGCGCCUGGAGCAGGAGCUGGCGGACACGGCGGCUCAGUUUGAUGGCGCGUCAUCAUCGUACGAGUCCACCAUCCACGACCUUGAGGACGGCAUUCGGCAGCGGGAUGCGGAGUUGUCUUCGCUGUCGCGGGCGGCGGUGGAGCGCGAUGGCCUCAAGCGCGAGCUCGCCGAUAUGGAGGACACCCUCACCCAGACCAGACUCGACAGGGACAGGCUGCAGCGCGAACUCAGGAAUGCAAGCGGGGACCUUGACGCGGCGCGAGAGGAAGUGCAGCAGGAGCGGGAUGUGGUGCGCAGUCUCCGCAAUGAGCUCGAGGACCAGCUCCGUCUUAUUGCUCAGGCCGAAGAUGACAAGAAGGCCUUGCGACGGCAGUGCGAGCACAAGAAGGCCGAGCUGCAACGUGUCAUCCAAGACCUUGAGGCCGCUGUUGCCGAGAAGGAGGCGACGGUGCGGCAGGAGCAGGACAACGCCCGUCAGUGCAUUGAUGAGCUGCAGCGUCUCCGUGACAGCCACGACCAACUCGCAGAGCGGCUGCAUGGUGCGCACGAUGAGGGCGAAGGCCUGCGCGGGCAGGUGGUGCGGCUGACGGCAGAGGUUGAGCGGCUCAAGGCGGACAUUGACGAGCGGGAGGAGACGAUGCGACAGCUCAGGCUGCAGCUGCACACAUCCCAGGACAAGGCUGCUGCAGAUUCAGGUCCGGCGGAUGUGGGGUGGUGGCUGAGAGGCCGGUGCUUAUUGCUGUUGCUGUCGGUUGUUUAA